AUGGCGGAGGGAGAGCGGGCGGAGCAGAACGGCGGCCUCGGGCGGCCCCCCCGGGAGGGGGAGGCGGGGGCGCUGGAGCGGGCGGAGGCCCUCAAGAGCCAGGCCAACGAGUACUUCAAAGGCAAGGACUACGAGAACGCUGUGAAGUAUUACAGCGAGGCCAUCGACCUGAACCCCUCCAAUGCCAUCUACUACGGCAACCGCAGCCUGGCCUACCUGCGGACAGAGUGCUAUGGCUACGCGCUCUCCGACGCCACCAAGGCCAUCGAACUGGACAAGAAGUACAUCAAAGGCUACUACCGGCGGGCGACCAGCAACAUGGCCCUGGGCAAGUUCAAGGCCGCCCUGCGCGACUAUGAGACGGUGGUGAAGGUGAAGCCAAACGACAAAGACGCCAAGAUGAAGUAUCAGGAGUGCAACAAGAUCGUGAAGCAGAAGGCGUUUGAGCGCGCCAUUGCCAGCGACGAGCACAAGCGCUCUGUGGUCGACUCCCUGGACAUAGAGAGCAUGACCAUCGAGGACGAGUACAGCGGCCCCAAGCUGGACAACGGGAAGGUGACGCCAGCGUUCAUGAAGGAGUUAAUGCAAUGGUACAAGGAUCAAAAGAAACUCCACAGAAAAUGUGCCUAUCAGAUCUUGGUGCAGGUGAAGGAGGUGCUCGUCAAACUUCCCACGCUAGUAGAAACCACGUUAAAAGAGACAGAGAAGGUCACCGUGUGUGGAGACACCCACGGGCAGUAUUACGACUUGCUGAAUAUAUUUGAACUGAAUGGGCUGCCGUCUGAAACGAACCCAUAUAUAUUCAAUGGGGAUUUCGUCGACCGCGGCUCCUUCUCCGUGGAAGUGAUAUUAACGCUGUUCGGUUUUAAGCUGCUGUAUCCGGAUCAUUUCCACUUACUCCGUGGGAAUCACGAGACGGACAACAUGAACCAGAUCUACGGGUUUGAGGGGGAGGUGAAAGCCAAAUACACAGCCCAGAUGUUUGCGCUUUUCAGCGAGGUCUUUGAGUGGCUGCCCCUGGCGCAAUGCAUCAAUGGCAAAGUGUUGAUAAUGCACGGCGGGCUCUUCAGCGAAGACGGGGUCACGUUGGACGACAUCCGGAAGAUCGAGAGGAAUCGGCAGCCUCCGGAUUCAGGUCCCAUGUGCGACUUGCUCUGGUCCGACCCGCAGCCUCAGAACGGCCGGUCGGUCAGCAAGCGCGGCGUGAGCUGUCAGUUCGGGCCCGACGUCACCAAAAGCUUCCUGGAGCGGAACCAGCUCGAUUACAUCAUCCGGAGCCACGAGGUCAAGCCCGAGGGCUACGAAGUGACGCACGAGGGCAAGUGCAUCACUGUCUUCUCGGCACCCAACUACUGCGACCAGAUGGGGAAUAAAGGUUCAUACAUCCACCUGCGGGGGUCGGACCUGCACCCCGAAUUCCACCAGUUCACAGCCGUGCCUCACCCGAACGUCAAACCGAUGGCCUACGCCAACACUCUCCUCCAGCUGGGGAUGAUGUAA